ACUUGCCUUGCGACGAGUGAGUGAAAUGAAGGAGAAGGUUAACUAUCUCACUAGUUGUCUCACUGCAUUUAAAGGUCAAGUUCAUAAAGAUAUUCUAGUUAAACCUGGAAACGACGGCCCUUCAAUAGCAGCACACAAGUCUCUUCUGUCAGCAAAUUCUGUUAUUUUCAAGUUCAUGUUGGAUUCGGAUACGUGCAAAGCUCCCCCGGGUCACACGAUAACACUGGCAGAGCUGAGCUACCUGGAGCUGUACGCGCUCCUUGAGUUUCUUUAUCGCGGAGAAUUGCCUAAAGAGAAACUGGAAAAACAUGUCUACACAUUGUCAAUUGCAGCAGACAAGUAUGAAAUCAAACUCUUGCAGAAAUACUGUGAGCACCACAUGUUGGGAUCUUUGAACACAUCGAAUGCUCUCAAGCUUUUGGAGAUUUCGGAGACAUAUAAAUCUUACUCACAUUUGAAGGCGGAAGCCAUGAUCUUCAUCAUUAAGAACGUCGAGGGCAUUGUCUUCACGCCUAAAUUUGAUGCAUUUGCAGUCGAGAAUCCUCAUUUAGCCGUUCAGAUUACAAGAGCUUCUGUCGUCACUAACAAAAAUAAGAAACAUAAAGUUUGACCUAUGCAUAUGAUAUGUGUGUUGAGAACAAUGAGAUCUGUCUUGUUCCAAUCCCUCCGGAGACAAAAACACUGAGUGAUUUUUUCUCAUCUGUCUAAACCUUGGUGGAUAGAGUUAUCCGAUACUUGAAAUUGUUGAGGUGUGUGCAAGUUGCCCCGAACGUGGUGAGCUUUAGGAGCCAAUGUACAAUAGGC